AAUGCAAGGGCCUAGCAGUGAUUCUGGCGAUGAUAAGCCAUUCCUUUUUCAGUGGGCCAUAUCUGAGCGGCAGCCGUUAGUCUACCUCGGUGGACCCUUGCGGUUUGUUGCUACUUUCAAUCCCUAUCAACCGUGUUUCCGUGUGCUUCUUUGUCUCUAUAAAUUCGACUGACGUAGCCAAACAAUAUCAAAGAACUUUGGAUGGCACGCGGCGAUCGCGGUGUGCACCAACGCAACAGACCGUUGCGCUCCGAACGCUCCAUUUUCCCAUUGACUUUGGAUUGCGGGCUACGGUCCGCUCUUUGAUUCGUGUAUUUCUCCCGCGGUACGCUCUGCCAGAAGACACAAGCAACAGCAGAGAGAGGGAGCGACACCAAACAAAAACACAAACAAAAAAAGAGAAAGACUGAAAGAAAGAAAGAAAAAAAGAAAAAAAGGGAAAGAGGAGAACGCGAGGCAAGGAUAAUUGGAAGAAGCCAAGUAGACUGGUUGGAGUAAAACAGUCGUAACCACGUGCUUGUCUUGUCGCGUCCUCGUUAAACCCCACUGCGGUGGUCCGUGUCUCCGUAUCAUGGCAAGCUGUGACCAGUCAGACGAGAUGGCCGUCCCAGCGAGAGCAUCCCCAUCCCACGGUUCCACUGCAGCCGCGCAAACAUCAGGUUAUACUAGUUACUUUUCCGUCAACGGGACUGACCCUGAUCCGAAUGCUGACGUAGCCGGUUUGAACGAGUGCUCCGUUCUCAACUCACUGCCACCUCGUCCGAGUAGCCAUGGACACCGUCAAUCAGCUGUUGCUUUACACCAGUCGUCCGACGGCAGUCCGAAAAGUGGAGAAGACAACAGGGAAGAGCAGUUGAAAUCUUGUGGAAGAGCAGUUAGCGAGCCGUUAGCCGUUCGGCACCAGCCCAUGCAGCAGGUUCUGCCGCCCGUCAAAUUAGGUGCUUCCAAUUCGCCAGCGCGAUCGCCGUCCUCCCCGUCGCGACGCUCGUCUUCGUCUCCGAGUGUCACGCGGAUCCGCAUGAGCUCUGCUGCUGAGACGUUGGGCGCUGUCGGCGGCGGCAGCGGCGGAAGCAGCGGAGCAGGUGGCGCUUCAACUGCCCACUUCAGAAAAUGA